UGGGCAAUCCGCACGUCAACCAGGUCAGGUCUUCAUGGAGAUUGUGACGGUUACGCACACAUCCAGCAUUGAGUCAGCAAGCACUGCACACAUGCAUACGUGAAUCGGAUGACAACAACACAACACCGUGACGAACAACACAAUUGUCGAAGUGGCCGUGUAGUCGUGACACACACACACAUCCCCCCCACGCCACUCUCAACAAGUCAUAUAGGCAGUCAUAGAUGAGCCUCUGCAUACGACUGCAUAAGGUCGUUGCACAUUGCAGCGAUUCAGCGAUUCUCAGCGAUACAUACUCUCACUGAGAUGCACACGCGUGUAUACACAUGUAGUGCAUACAUCAAAUGUACAUACAUACGGCCCCCCCCUCUCUCUGCCCAUGUGUGCGUCUCUGCCUUCUUUCUCCCCAUCAAACAUGACUGAUCACGCAUGGAUGCAUGCGUCCAUCCAGCAAGCAAGAUGCGCGUGGAUGAUAACUGAAAAAACAGCUCCAAGUCGAUGAAUGCAGAAAAAGAAACAGAAGGCAAGACACAAACACAACCACCCACAUAUUGACACACACACACACACACACACAUCUCCCUCCCUGCACACACAGCACACCCCUGCCCAUAUGUGUCUGUGUGUAUGUGCCUGUAUGUGUGUCCUCCAGUGCUGCACGCGUCAAUGCACGGAAAUUUGCAGACCUUACACAUAAUCUCCCUGCCCGCAUCCAUACAUGCACGAUUGAUUACGGCAUGACAUUGCGGUUGUUGUGGAAGAAAUUGGUAGGGUCCCAGGCGCGCUUGAGGUCCUUGAGGCGCUGCAGGUUGCCUCCGUAGACGGACUCUAUCGGGUCAUCCUCCAUCCCACCCACGAUGCUCACAUAGCUUCCCGUGCUAUACUCGGCAAAGGCACUGCGCACCUGCAGGCACACGCGUGCAACAAAGGGCCGGCCGGCAGGCAGGCAGACAGGCAGACAGACAGACAGACAGGGUGAUUAACUCGUGUGUCGACUGCGUACAUUACUACUGUGUUGUCACAACUGACGGACCUGUUUCGUCCAGUCGAUUGCCCGUUGUCGGUUGUCAGCUCCCUCUUCGAAGAAAGCCAAAACGAGCAGCCAGAAUCUGACAGUAUGUAUGUAACACCCCGUUUACCACCCGCCCAUCCACAGACCCACACUUGCCUGCCUACCUACCUGCUGCUGCGAUUGAAGAACGCCGUUGCCUCGUCAGGCACUGUAUUCGCCUGCAUGCAUCCAUGUACACAUAAAAACACGCAUGCACACGUGUAUGACGUUUGUCUCUGCAGUUGGUGUUUGUCGGUCGGUCGAUCGCUCGCCACCUACGUACCACCUUGCCGAAGGGCGCCAGGCCAAGCGUGCAUCCAGGAAAGGGCCUCUCGGUCAAAGCUGUGCACAAAGACACACACGCAGGCAGACAGGCAGCAAGAAGAUCCACUCAGCAUGGAUACAUGCCCUCCCUCCAGAUGUGUAAGUUUCUAUGCUGAUAUGCUGGUAUGCUGGCUGACCGUCGAUGACUUUGUCAGCCACGGCAGGUGUGAAGUCCUUCAUGAGCCACCCCUUCUCGUAGCAGUGGCUGGGAGGCUGCAGUGUCUCCAUCAUGCCUUGGAGCUCCACAUAUGGCCUUGGGCCCACAUCCUCCAUCAGAGGGGGAGGCAGCCCCACACGCGCCUUGACGCUCUCCCAAUCCUUCGCUCCCUUGUCAGGGUCCAGGCCGCACGGCUGAAUAAUGGCCACAGGCUGGCCCUCUGGGUUGGCGAAAGACAGCGACAGGCUCAGCUCCGGAUACUCGUCGUAGCCCAAGCGGACCACUUCGGCGAGAAUUGAACUGGUCUUGUGAGUGAGUGGCCACUGCCCAUGCACAAACAACACACCACACGGACACAGGUAUUCGCGUGUGGAUGUCCGUGCGUAAGUGAGUGCGUGCAUCUGGCUGGGUGCGUAUGGCUGAUCCACGUGUCACGUGUGCACAUACCUGCGCCAUGCCGGUGAAGACGGUUGUGACGGGUCGAAGGAAAAAGUCAAAGCGCGUCACGAUGCCAUAGUUCCUGCAGCACACACACACAGAGGAGACAUGAGCACUUCAGUGCCCACAUAAUUAAUACAUGUCUGAGCUCAAUCACUCACUCACCAUCCAGAGCCCCUCAGGGCCCACAUGAGGUCGGGAUGCUGCUCGUCUGAACACUCCACUAUGUCACCUUCAGCUGAGGGUAUGUAAACACCCACACACAGGAAAUCAGUCAGCAUGUGUGUGUGUUGUCUCCCUGCCCCCGCCCAUGCCGUGCUCACCAGUGACGAGCUGCGCCGAUAUGAACGAGUCAAUGGUCAGGCCCCACAUGGGGCUUAGAUAGCCGCACCCCCCGCCAAGCGUCAGUCCGGCAACGCCGGUGCUGGGGUUGAUGCCCGCAACCACGUGAAGGCCGUAAAGUGCGCACUCCCUGUCCAGCUGCUUCAAGCGGGCACCGCCUUGCACGUGAGCAAUCCGUUCUGACAGGCACAUGAAUGUUUACAUUUAUCAGGCAGGCACAGACAUGCAUCAGGCAUCCGUCUUGUCAUGAUGCAUGUGUCUGCUUCCCUCCCCCACUGUAGCACCCAUGCAUAUAUGGGUGCAUGUAUUCAUUCAUAGCUCACUUUCCGUGUCCACGUGUAUGCCAUGGAGGCCCUCUAGGUCGAUGGCCACCGUCUCGUCCAUGAAGCAGAACGGGCUAUGGCGACCAGCUGGGACAUACCACACACACACAUACGACAUGACGAGACAGCAUGCUAGCCACAGCAGGGCGGGAUGGUUUUCGCGUACAAGCCACUGUGACGUCAAGUGAGUGCUCUCGGCAGAACUUCACGGCCAUCUGCACAAGCAGGCAGCCAGCCGCCACCCGGAUGACACAACAUUCGUUCCAUGCAACUACCUCCACGUCGCUGACGCUCUCACAGCGGAUGACGUAGGACGGGCGCUUCAAUCGGUCAAGAUUCCACUGAAGACGCGCCUGUAGAUACCAGUGCCUUGCAGACACCAUGCAUGAGAAUCUGUGGUCUUGCGUACGCACCUCCUCAUAUGCUGCAUCCUUCUCGCAAAGCACACGGCCGCACAGCUUGGCGCUGAGGGCAUCCCACUCCUCCUUGGCCACGGCAGAUGCGCCGCCGUAUGCUUUCGUCUUCGGACCCAUCACUGUCGCGUGCUGCAGCAGAUUACUGUCGCG